AUGUCCUCCAUUCACGAUGCGGGAGAGCGCGCUCCUCUUCUUCGCGUCACAUCAACGCCAAGUCUACCGGUUCCCGAGAUAGAUGGACACGAUGAUGAAGCACACGUCUCAACAUUGCAGGGAGCCUUCAUUACGGCGUUUGUAGGGCUUCUUAUCUUUCUGCAGGCAACCAACAUAUCCAUCCUCACCACUACCCAAUCGUCCAUCGCCGCUGAUCUAGAUGCCUUUGAGAAAGCGAGUUGGUUCACGAGCGCAUAUCUCAUAGCCAUGUCAUCACUUGCCCCCCUCAUGGGCCGUCUUUGUCAAGUCUUUAGUCCACGCCUCUGCAUGUUCUUCUCCACCCUGUUCAUUAGCAUUGGGUCAAUAAUUACAUCGACUUCGAUGACGUUUGAGCACUUCAUCGUUGGCCGCGUAGUCACCGGCGCGGGUGGCGGAGGCAUUUUCAUCGUGGCAAGUAUCAUGGCGAUUCAAAUGACAAGUGCGAAGAGGAGGGGCCUGUUUAUGGGCCUUGCCAAUGCUGCAAUGACGAUCGGUGUCUCUCUAGGUGCUGUCAUUGCAGGUGCUCUUGAGCCCAGGAUUGGGUGGAAACCUCUUUUUGGGAUACAAGCACCUGUCAGCUUGUUCGCUGGUAUCGGGCUCUUGAUAUCCAUUCCUGCAAGUCAUACCUCGAAGAACAAGGACUAUGACAGCCUAGCUCUUGGAGAGAAGCUUGCAGGCAUCGACUAUGCUGGAGCUCUACUCUUGACCACCACCAUCGUGUUGUUCCUUCUCAGCCUCUCUGGCGCUCAGGUCCUCCCUACACCACUGCUUCUAUCCGCCUUUAUGUUGCCCAUUUUCCUUCUCAACGAGAUCUAUGUUGCCAGAGACCCGGUCAUUCCUGUGUCGGUCCUUCGGUCUCGGGGAACCUUGCUUACCUGCCUAGCCACCUCUGGUUUCAUGAUGGCACGCUGGGCCAUUUUGUUCUACACGCCUGUCUACGCUCUUGCUGUUCGAGGUUGGGCACCUGCGGUUGCUGGCUCGAUCUUGAUUCCUACAAAUGCCGGCUUUGCCGCCGGAGGUAUACUUGCUGGUGUCUUCCACAUCAAGCGAACAGGCAGCUUCUAUUUGCAUACAAUUGUUGCCAUGGCCAUAUUUCCAUUUACCAUGGCCGCCUUGUCUUUCAUUUCCACGCCGUGGAGCCCUUGGUGGUUGUAUGUCGCCAUGGUCUUCCUUAAUGGACUCGUCACCGGCGCCACGACGAACUAUGCCCUGGUGCACCUGCUGCAUCUCACACUUCCCGAAGUCCAUCCUGUUGUGAUAUCCCUUCUCACAACAUUCCGUGGCUUUGCAGGUCCAUUUGGCUCCGCAAUCGGAGGUGGCUUUUUCGUACGCGUGUUGCGUAAGUCGUUAACGAACGGUUUCGCACGGGAGGGGCUUCGGCAUCGCGAGGAUCUAAUGAGAAGAUUGCUUGGGAGCCCAGCACUUGUGAAUCAAUUGGAGGGUGUUGAGAAGAUCAUUGCAGUCGAGGGGUACCAGGAUGCGCUCAAGGCGCUAUUUCUAGGUGCGGUUGGAUUGUCCAUCAUUGUGACGUUUCUGCAGUCGGGGACAGGCUGGAAGGAGGCGACGAAGGAGCAGCCUGGAUCACAGCAGGAUGUCAAUAGCGAAGAAACUCCGGUGAGCGUGAGCGGUGCUUAA